GAACAAUCCGACGCUUCAUUGCACCCGUCAGCUGAUAUACUCAACUCGAUCACUCGCCACAAUCUGCCGCGGCAGAACUUGAUAGAAAGCCGCGCGCUGACUCUUCGAUGUCAACACACAUCGGUUCAGUUUUCUUAAAAUUCCGCAUGAUAAAUCCAACGUCGGAUGAUUAUCGUUUCGCAUGGAGUGAUCGAACCCGUCACGCGGAAGGCCAGAUUCCGAAUUUUCGCUGCGUGCUGUCGGAGGGUGUCGCCGAGCGUGGAAAGCAGGUCGAAUUCACCUUCGUGUUUCUCGCGGACCGCGUUGGCACGUUCGAGUCUUUCUGGUUAUUCUCCAUCGAAAAGUACAAUCUGGAAUGUCUCUUCCUGAUAGUCGCGUUCGUCAGAGAACCGCUGAUUUAUUGUCCAAUUGCUCAUCUAAGAAUGAAACCGACCGUAUUAGGUGUUACCGUGCGAGAGUCAAUAUGUAUAGUCAACGACGAGGAAUUUCGAAUGCACUUUGAGGUGGUGCGCGACUCUUUAUAUUCCGAGGGACGCUUGCAGAACUUGAAGAUAAUGCCUAUGAGCGGAAUUUUAAACGCAAGAAGCGAACAGAUUCUAUGGCUCGAGUAUCAACCCACUAUGGUCGGCGAAUUUCAAUUUCCUGUCAAAUGCGCUGUGAAGAAACUGAAGGCGCCGCUCAGCAUCCUCGUUACGACAAUUACUUACGACAUCGUCCGUUACAUAUAGUCUGUUUGAUAAGAGCAUGUCCGAUAAAACUUGAUAAAUAAUUUAUUGAAAUGAUUUGGAAUAAAACAUAUACAUACUACUUGGUUAGAACUGUGAUGCUUUAUUAUUACUAACUUGUCCUUUAUUAUCAAUAAUUGUCUGGCAUCUCCGAGGCAUUCUUUC